ACUAGUCAGGUGACAUGACCGCGCACGCGCAUUAAAAUUCUUCCUGUUCCUCACUAAUAUAAUGUUUAUUUCUGUUUUAUUUAUGUCAUAAACUAUUUUGCUCGUGUUAUAUACAAUGGAUGUGAGCUGAUGAGACACAAGCACUUGGCUAAGGACCAGGCUCCUGACCUGUUUUCUCUGGAGCUGGCUGGUAUGGAGGAGCUCGCCCGGCGCUACGGCACUGACCCCGCCCAGUUCCAGGACGCCCGAGAGAUUCUGGUAGCAGCGCUGCAGAAGUUCGCCAAUGACGUCUUCGGCGUUUCAGCAACGCGGUGGUGGAGGUGGUGAUGGUGAAGACGUUCGAGACGCCACUUACCAGGAAGUCGCGCUCCAUCCUGGAGGCUAAGCAGAUUAGUAACCCGGGAAGCCCCUACAACCUGGCCUACAAGUACAACUUUGAAUACGCCGUCGUGUUCAACAUCGUGCUGUGGCUCAUGAUCGUGUUGGCUCUCGCCGUCAUCGUCAUCUCGUAUAACCUGUGGAACAUGGACCCGGGCUACGACAGCAUCAUCUACAGGAUGACCAAUCAGAAGAUCCGCAUGGACUAACCGUGCAUUCCAUCGCAGUGUUAUUGUGUAUUGUGUAUUGUGUGUGUGUGUGUGUGUGUAUAUAUACACACAGGUUUCUCACUUCCAUUCAUCCCAUACGUCAAGUGUUUGUGUGUGUAUAUAGCUCUAAAACGUCAGUUUGUGAAUAUUUAUUGAUGCCUGCUAUUUUGUUGAAAAUCUAAAUGAAUACAUAUAUAAUAUACACACAGCGGAUGAAUGAAUUCGAAUGAAAUCGCGCUCAAGUGUGGUGUGGUGUGGUGUUCCUGAUCUAGCUACAUGUUGAAUCAGCUGUAUUUAUUAUUGUUUUGUUUUUUUAUUCCUGAUACACUGGACUGUAAUAUCUGAUACUGAUGUAAUGGGGGUGGGGUGAUGCACAAAAAUUGCAUGCAGUAAAACUUCACCUAGGUGUGAUGUUAAAACUAGGAGAUUGUUGGCGUGGUUUUAUUUGGAAAAGUCAGAGACAGUUGGGUAAAAAAAUGUUAGAAAUAUAAUUGUUUGAUCUGACACGCAGCGAUUGAAGGGCAAAAUGGUAGAUGUGAUAUUUUUAACUUGGCUUAACCUCAACUCUCCAUCACCCGGUACGUUCAGCUGACCAUGUUAUGUCCUCUGACCAUAACGUGAACUUUAGACGAAUUGUUUUACCAACAAGUGUAGAGGUGCAAAGUUCAUUUAUUACCAAAUAAAGACUUCUGAUACGGU